UCCGCUGUUGUCACGCUUUAACCAAGAGGAUAGAAAGUGCGGUUUUCCGAGCUGUUACUGCGUGUUUAUUUACUUAUUUUUCUCUGAAUUUUCUGAAUUAAAGCCGCUUUAAUUAGAGACUGAAUCUAUGUAUUUAUUACUGUCGUCAUUAAUUUCUCCCUGGACCUUCUGAACAGCUGAAGACAUGUCGGUGGAAACGCGUGGACUAGGAGUCUUCUUAGAGCUGAGGAAAAGGCUUCAGAGUGGACUUCUCGUUGUUGGGGCAAACGUGGCCGCAGGUCCUGCAGACGUGGCCGUCUCCUCCGGAGGAGAUUCCUCUCUCCUCAUCCGGACCCCCAGAGGAGAACUGAGCCUCGCUCUGCCAGCAGGGGUCGCUUUCGAGACGGGGUCCUGCAUUCACACACCUGUGGGUGAACCCGGUGGCGAGGAGCUGCACUUCAGGCUGCGAAUCACGACUGAACGGAGCGAGCGAGAGGGACCUACCAGCAUGAUGCAGACUCUCAAGGCAAAAGAGACGUACAGCUUCCACUGCCAGGGCUGCACCACCCGGCUGCUGGAGGACAGAGCGUUCUCACGAGUUCUCCCUCUCCCCAACGGCAACUGGAACGCCAUCGUGGACGACUGGUGUUGCCACCCAGAUCCGUUCGCCAACAAGAAGCUGCUGCCCCGAGCCGAGGACUGUCUGCUGGGGGACACCUUCGUCCUGCUGGCCCGCGACGCCGGCUGCGACCACACUCUGACACAGGAAGUGGGCUCUGUCGGCGCUGCUGAUGGUCAAGACCCAAAGAAACCUUGUCACCGUUUGGCCCUUGUCUCCUGCGCGAGCUGUUCGGCGGAGUUGGGAGAAGCCGUCGCGACAGGGACGCUGAAGCUGUACAUCACCCAGGUGGUGGUGCAGCCCGCUGUGGGAGAUGAAAGGCCUGAUGCUUCACUGAACAGAUCUUCCUUCCUAGAGAAGACGGUUGCAGCUCGUCUGUGGGAUCUGUCCAGCUCACUCAGCUCCUUCCACUUUUCUCUUCAGACGCCUGAUGGGAAGGUCGUCCUACUGCUCUGGCUGCUGAACGCAGACUCCAUCAUUGCCUCGGUCCCAGAGACAUGCGUCAGGGAGGGGGGCCCCAGCGGCCCCCCCGCUUCUCUCAGUCCAUCACUCAGAGCUGCCAGGGCCCUGAAGCUCCUCUACAUCAGCUGCUCCGGCGCCAGCACCCAGCAGAGAGAGAUUGUUACUAGUUGGGAGGUCAACUCCAUCGGACACCCCUUGGUUCUGCCGCUGCAGGUGUGUGAGGAGCUGCUGCAGGUGAUGGAUGAAAGCAACUCCACGCUUCCUGCCUCCAUGCGCUGCAUGAGGUCCUACGAGGUGGCGUACCUGAGACUAUGAGAUCUGAGGGCUCGAGACUGGCAACUCUACCGAGUGUUUUUGAAGAUGCCCCCGCUGCAGCUGACAAAGGAACUUCUGAGCUCCAGUGCAUCUCCUUUUUUAUUCUGUAUGGAUUCAGCUCAGUGUGGAAUGCAGAAGGUAUGAGAUAUCCUGAGCAUAGUGUGGUUUUCAUGUUGAGACAUGAUGCUUCCGAGACCAACAUCCUGGCAGCGGUAAAACCUGAAAGGCUCCAGUUUUCUGGGAAUUCAUAAUUUCACUGUAGUUAAUAUUUGUUAACAUGUAUGUUCAAUAAUCGUCCUUUUUUUUACCUUUUUAAUAAACAUAGUCUCUUUUUUUUUUACAAAAAAAUCGUUUUUGAUUUGCUAGAAAGGAAUGCUGGCGUCUGUAUGGAACUUUUACUAGGCUGUUAAAGUUUCUUGUGCAGGCAGAUCAGUCUCGGAGUUGAUGUUUUGUGUUUAAUUUUUUUCAACAUGCAUGUAGAAGUAUUUGAUUAAUAAUGAACACCUCUUCAGACAUUAUUUAAGGCAGGUCACAUCUGUUUGUAUAGCACUUUUCAACAAGGCAGUUCAAAGGGCUUUACAUGAUAAAAACUGAAUAUAGUAACCAAUUUGUGAAACAAUGAACGUUACAUUUUCUCAACUCAAAAUCAUCAAAAGAUUAUCAAGGAUAUGUAGAUCAAAUAUAUUGUUCAAUAUGCCGCAGUCAUUGUUAAUCAAAGGCAACUAUAAGCAGGUGGGUUUUUAGCCUUUGAUUUAAAGAAACUGCGUUUGGGGCCUCCGCCUCUUUAAGAAAGCCUCCGUUUCUUUACGAAACUCCGUCUUCAGGAAGACAUCUCCUCUAUUAACGUUUUUACCUGCGUUGCACUGAGAAGUAGCUCGUAUAAUGAGCUCAGUAGAUGAGAAGGUCCAUCAGGUGUGUACUGGCUAGUCUGAAGGAGGCGAGUGGGGAAGGAAGCUGCAGCUCUGAGGAGGAGUUUUGUCCUCGAAGGCGGAGCUAAGUCCCCCCCAAGCGUUCUGUACAGCAGAAACAGGGCGUCACUCCUGGUAUGCUUUUGAGGAGGGAACAACAUAACACGAUUCUAAAGCUCAAAAAAGUUGCUUUUCUAUAAUACCGCACCUUCAAAAUCCUUUUACUAGGUUUUCUGGAAGCCAACCAAAAUGUGACCACUUUGUUUAUCGUUGCAUUGGCUGCAAAAGAGUCACACCAGCUGAGACAAAGCUCACAGGUCUGUUAGACACAUGGCUGGAUCUCCCACUGUCCAGUGUUAACGCUUCUCCUCUGAAAAGCAGCCCGGCGUAAUAUCUGCCCGAACGUCUAUUUUUACAAGCUCCUGGUAGGAGCAAGCGGGGAAACAUCAACUACUUGACGGCGUGCCUGGAUCUGGAAUGCUGAUGCAGCAAGUGACAAUUACGUGUAACAAUACAAAGCAGUGGAGCGACCACUGAGGCGGCAAAGCACAGAGUGAAUUGGCUAAUUAACUACAUCUAACGCCGAACCGUCAGGGGCUUCGCGUUUCCUCCUAGCCCUUUUCUCCACAAGUGCAAAUGAAGUAGGCUCUAAAUAACCCAUUUGUUUCAAGUCGGCCGAGCAGGAGGAGCAGCGCCACAUUACUGGAUGCUGGUGUGUUGAACACACUGGCAGACACAGUCGCCCCGAAGGCGUCUCCAGCUGCAGGCUCUCUUUGUCUUCUUCCCUUUCAUGAUAGACACCAGAAGCGUCAAAUUAAAAGUUUUUGGCCAGCCCGCUGCCAUCUGCCGACACCGUGCGGCUCAUUAGCCUUUUCAUACAGUACUCUAAUGAAAAAUUUCAGUCCGAGUAAAGGUCUACUACACAUCCUCCCUGAGUAAUUACUCCUUCAUGCUUGGAAGAGAUCUUUUCUUUUUUUUUUCUCACUUGCCCUUCUUUUACACAUUUGGCGGAUCUGCACAAGCAACAGAGUGGUGAUAGACCACUGUGCAGCAUAUUGCAAAAAAAUAAAAUAAUUAUAAGAGCAAAAUACCUUUUGGAUAGAUUUUCAGGGUUUUAUUUUCCCCCUUUGACUCUUACAUUUGAAUGGACAACUAAUUUAUCCAUUCUGAUGUAAAGACAGCAGCACAUACAGUUAAGUGCUAGCUUCUUAAUGCUGCUCAAACCAACUGUGCAAUCUAAGAUUGUGAAACACUAACACAAAGCUAGGAAUCCUGUGGGUUUGUUUGACCAAAAAUAGACAGUUGACAGUUGAAUUUCUAAUAUUUCUAUAUUAGUACUGCAACGUAUUGUGAUAAAAUAUCUUCAAUAGGAACCAAUAAGUAGCUACACUAUGUGCUUUAACAAAUGACAUCAGCAAAUUUCCUGUCCACCAACAUAGAGGUCAUGGUAAGUCGGUGCUAAUGCUCUUCCUAGGGCAGCCAGCUGAGGACAUUUUACCAUGUAAGCCAACUGUAUUGUGUCGACUCCCAAAAGUAGCAAAAACGAUUCUUGUACCGACACGUUCUUGUGUGUCUGCUGUAGAUUUCAGCCGUGUAUGACGAUGAAACUAGGAGCCACAAUCAGUGUUGCAAAAUGUAUGUAAUUGUUGCACCAAUGUCACAGCAAAGACUUAAAAAAGUAAAAAAUUCUUGCCACAUUAUACCAACUCUCUGUCUUCACAGAUAAAGAUGCAUAGAGUAAGCUGAUCUGUUUUGCGUUUUUAAAAGUGCAUCCUCAUCAUAAGCAACAUGUAUAGUUCACGCAGGUUGUAUGACGAUUCGCAAAAUGCACUUUAUGUUUAAACUCUUGCAAAUUUGUGUGUGGCAAGACAGCAGUGACAUUGGUUUGAAUCUGCUUUGAAAAGCAAAGAACCCUGAUGUUUUUUGGAGGAGACCAGCGAUAAAUCUCCAAUCCAACCAGAGGUGAACCAUUUGUGCGUCAGACGUUUUGUAUUCUUUUAUCUGAAUUCAAUGAUCGCCUCCAUAAUUCGCCACGUGAUUGCGUGAAGUACUUGUCACAGUGCAGAUCCAUGCUGAUGACUUUAAUCUUUUGUUUAUGCACAAACCUACCUUCAAGCCACAGGUGCUUACAGUACUCACCUUCACCAGCUUUUUACAGAAGUUCAGCAGUUAAGUUUAGAGCGCUAAAGGAUGCUAACUAGUCAAAGCCUUCAAGCUAUGGAGAAUCGUAGAGUCAACAUCCACGUCAGCCUAAAAUUGUUAAAACACUGAGGCAGGACACUUUGAGGAAAUUGACACCAUCGACCUCUGAAAACUACAAAAGCCUGCAGCGAAUUGCCAAAUGAGCCAAACAUCUAUGUGUUGCAUGUCAAGAUGUGAGGACCACCAAGUUCAGUAAGCUAUAUACCCCGAGGAACUGCCAAUGUUUGUGUAAAAUGCAUUGCAUGCCAUCCAGUCACUCCAUCCUCUCAGUCCCAACCCAAUCAGUGAACCAACCACCAAAGCAGCAAUGAGGUUCUUGGAGCCCUGCAGCUGGAGGGGCUAAUCACUUUAUGCUGGAAAUGAAAUAAGCUGUCAACAGCAAACAUAUUUCACAGGUUCCUGAGAGAUUUUCUUACGGGAAGUGAUACAGUUGAUCAACCGGAAAAGAUUUUUAUUAUUCCUUCAUCUACUUCCGAGAGGCAAACUUUCUACCACUGGAAACAAAAUGUUUGACUUGAGCUCUUGCUUUCACCUGUUUCCCCGUGUCACGUUUCCUCCCCUCCAUCUGAGAUACAUGUUUAAGGAAACCACACUCGACACCACAAAUUGCCGAAUGAUCAAGUCUAUGAGCACACAGUGUAAUUUUCAAAUUGGAUUUUGCAGCCCUUUGCCUUCACUAAUGUAUUUGAUAUUAUUUUUGGAUUAAGCGAGACAGCGAUGUGUGAGAUUACAACGUGGCCAGCGUAGCAGGAAAGAGAUCCUGUUCGGGGAGGUCAAGCCAUAAAGCUUGUCUCAUCUCAGGGAGGAAAUGAGGCAUUAGAUUGAGUUCCUGUUUUAGUCACCCAAUCCUAAUGGGUCAUCUAUCCUGAGGAUCUUGGAGUCAUUUUGAGAGAGACAGAUCACAAAAUGUUUGCUCUUGCCUUUUCCUGGCAAAUACGAAAUAGACUUUCGAAAAGAGUCGAGGGUUUUUGCCCUCCAGCUUUUAAAAGGGGUUCAAAGGCUUAUAAUCAUGUUAUAGUUAAUGCCUCAUUUUGACUACGCCCUUUCAUCAUCUGUCUUUUAUUGUAUUUAUUGUAAUGGCCUUUUAAAUUCUAGAAAUCAAUCAACUCUAUUAUGCUUAAAAGGAUUUUGAGUAAUCUCAUAUUCAGGAAGUGAUGGGGAUGAGAAUCGACUGCUGACUUUAAGGCCACGAAGGAUUUCACGGUUGAUAAAAGGUAAGGACUCCGUCCAUCAGGUUAAAUGGUAAAUAGCACUUUAUCUAGUCCAGAGGACCUGAAGGGCUUUACACUACAUACAGUCAUUCAUACAUUCACCCAUUCAACACGCUGAUGGUAUCUCGCCACUACGUCGUAGCCGCAAGGAUCUUGUCCAUCCCGGUUUGUUGGUGUGAAGGAAGACCUUAGCUACAAACCAAAGACUUAUUAAUCGGCAACUGGCAACUGGAUCAAGAGGCAAUCCGUGUGAGGUGGCUUUGCAGCAAUCCCAGUUUAUGGAGGCCACACCUGCGAGUCUACGGGACUUAAUGGAUCCGCUACUAACAUUGUUGGUGGCUCAGACACGACGAGCAGUAAAACUGCUACACGGAAGUAUUUCACUGUGAAGAUGACCUGUAGUGUGUGUUGUUGCAACUUGAAAUGAAAUAAACAAACUGUGUGUAUAGGUUUAUGUCUGGCUGAA